AUGUCCAAUAAGUACAAGUUCAUAACUCCCGCGACUGUCAGGGUUCUUUUGGUUCCCAUCAACAACUGUUCGCUACGCGAUUUCAACAGAUACGUCAACCUAAUCACUUCAAACAUCACUGAUUUGAGAUUGCUCGAUCUUAAGGCCAACGCCAACUUGCAUUUUUUCAACCCCGCCACAUUUCCAGAGGGACGAAUAAUACCUGAUUUCACAACCAUCGAUGACGAUCUGAUAUAUCUACACGAGUUUGAACCAUUUCGAAAAACAUUUGUAGUGUUGGGAAUAGGCAAAUACCGCAAGGAUAGCGAGCAUUUGACUCAAUUGAAAAAAUUGUACUCUGGUGCAAUUAUCCACAGCACAAUCCAGUUUGAUACUCCAGAAUCCGAAUUGUCGAACUCAGCCACAAGUUCUUACUUCCAUAAUGGGGUUGCCUCACAUUUUUCUGCGUUGGAAGGAAUCUUUUCAGAAAUAUUUGAUUCCUUUUUAGCCGCGUUGGAUGAAUAUGCAUCAGCAUACAGCAAUAUAUCACUCAGAUCUCCAGUAUCGAUAACAGAUAGUCAUAUACUCACAAAAACAAUAAACCAAGCCCAAAAACGACUCAGCUCAGGGUCCACGUCAUUCAAGGCUUCAUUCAAUGGUUUGCCUACAGAUACGCCGAAAAAUACACCAAAAACUUCCACCGACAAGUCUAAAACCCACUCGAAGUAUAGUGGAAGAUAUCACAAAUUAAUGGGGAGUUUAUUUCUAUUGGCGGGGAAAUAUAACGACGCAUUGCUAAGCUUUACCGAAAGUAUCACUUGUUUGAGAAGAUUUGAUGAUUUUCUUUGGUUGGGGAGCGCAUUGGAAGGGAUGGCAUUGAGUAUAUUCUUGCUUUCAUUUGUUCUGGCCAACUUCCAAUUGAACCCUAUGCUUGGAUCUUGGUUACUGGUUUCGAAAUCGUCUGUAUCGAUAGACCAUUCUGCAUCCAAACGUACAUCAUUGGAAUCAAAUGGAUCCAAGACGAAUGCCGUGUCGCCAAGACCUUCUCUAACUGCACCGAGUGCAUUUUCCAUACCACUUACCUCAUCAGUCGAUUUGAACACUUUGUCAGUGCCUGAGACGCUAAAAGUGUUGUUGGCCAAAGUAAUCACCUUCUAUGGACAAAGCACGGACGAUCCUGAAAACAUGGUCCCUGAUGUGGUUUACAUUGAUUGUAUCUUGCGGAAAUUGAGUCUCAUGAUUGGCUACCACUUGAGCGUUCCAUUGGAUGAUAUUGUUCGUGGAAAUUUGACAUCAGAUGCUACUGACAAUACGUAUUUUCUGACCCAGGAUAUACUUGCUGAUGUCGAUAGGAUCUUUCUUCUCCAAUUGAUUGAUCUAAACAUAAUGGACCAGUGCCAUAUAUACUCAUACGUUGCUCAUAUCUAUCACAAGCUCAAAUUUUUUCGAAAAGAAGCAUUCAUUUUAAGAUUCCAUUUGAUUGCAUUGGUAUCCCAGUUUAAAACGUCGCACGAUUCAAAAUCCAUUAAGGAACUCUUGGAUGAUAUUUUUGACUUGUAUGGAGUUAUCGGCCAACCGGAUGUGUCGUUCUUGCAGCCGAAUCCUCCGCAUAAUAAUGUACAAUCGUCGUUACAACUCCAGGUUUUAAAGCUAGCCCUCAAUUCAGCAGAGCAUACCAACGAUGACGAGUUGGCCCUCCAGAUUUGCUGUAUUCUGCUUGCUCGUUAUUCACAUUGUAUACCAGCAGAUGGACAAAUCAAAUUACGCAACAUGAUCGAAAAGAUUACCAGCCAAUCUACGUUGUCUGUGCCCCAUUUUGACCCAUUUAUGGUUCGUAAAGUCAAAUUUGUGUCCACAAGGCAAAAAGACGACUUGGUUCCGUUAGUUGAUGCCGACACGGACUCUUCCCAGCAAUUAUUUUUUGAUCCGUAUCACUUGAAAAAGGACACAGUGAACUUGGAUCGCAUCUUGAUUAAAGACGAAGUUCAUCAACUCAAGGUCACAUUGCAGAAUCCGUUUGCAUUUGAAAUCGAAAUCGCUGACUUGGAAAUAGUCACUCAAGAUAUGCAAGUUGAGACAUUGAGAACCAUGACACAACAGGUUAUCCCUCUGGCUCAAAGCUCGCCCGCUUUGAAUAAAUUGCGAUCGAACCCCAAGCGUAAUGCCACCACCUCAAAUAUUGCCCAGGUAACAAAUCAAAACACGAUCAUUGGUACCAUCUCCCCCAUGUCCCAAGCCACUAUGCUCGUUUCUUUUAAGGCUUUGAGUGUUGGUGAGAUGAACAUCAUCGGCUUUGAGAUUACAAUAAGCGGAUGCGAAAAGCUGUUUUUCCCGAUUGUCAACAAACUCUCUAUGACCGAUAGUUUUAAAGCACUCAGUGUUGCAGAUAAGGGGCAAAUCGUACAGGCCAAGAAGUCUGUGUUUGAUACACUUUACCAGUACUUACGAGGCGAAUUGAAAGACCCGCGUGUUAUGUAUCGCACAUUACCAUUAACAGUAAUUCGACCUCAACCGGUAUUGAGAUUAGUGAAUUUAUCAAUUCCCAAUGGAUGCGUCAUGCUUUUGGACGGGGAACAAUUUCAAUUCAAGGUGAAGUUGGUAAAUGAUUCAGCGGAGGCGAUAAACUAUCUUUCUUUCUCCUUUUGGGAUUCCGCUAUUGACUUUUUAGAUCGCAAGUUGAGCCAGCCGAAUUUGAAUGCAUUCGAGAUUUAUGAAUUGGAGUGGAGUUUGCUUGAAUUCAAAUCUUUCCGGAUUUUGAAUAAGGAGAUUCUUGGCGAAACUAUCAAGCCGGGUGAAGAGGUGACAAUUGAGUACUUGCUAUCUAGUAGAAAAUUGAUGAGACAGCUGAAAAUCAUUUUGGACUAUGCCAACCGUUCAAAUGAGCAAGCAUUUAUCAAACAUUUGGAUGUCCCAAUUGCAGUUUCAGUGGUGCCGAGCUUGGAGAUUGUUGGGUGUGAUAUCAUUGCGUCAUUGUCCACAGCUACAUUGGAGAAUGAUGACUUGCCAGUUGCUGUCUCUUCAGCAGUAAGUUAUUUGAAAAAUGUUGACAAUGCUUCACAAUAUUGUUUAUUGGUUUUGGACUUGAGGAAUUCCUGGACUAGUGCAAUACAUUGCAACUUACAAUACGACGAUUUCAAGUUACUGGAUCUUAUCGAACCAAACAAAACAGCAAGGUAUUUCAUACCGUUGCACAGAAUUAGGAAAGUUCCACUGAAUCCAAUCCCUUCAAUACGUAAAAAGCAGUUUAUCAAGGCCUAUGAUCUCACCAAGGAGGAUGAGGCCCAAAUGAUAAAAUUGUUUUGGCUCAAGCAAACCGUGGUGGAGAGUUUGACUGGCAGUUGGAGUGUUGAUGACAGACACGGCCUAUUGGAUGUACGAAGUUUGAGAAUUACCCCAAAGAUGGCAAAUCUCCUUGUCUUAAACGACAUAGAGGUGGAAACAGAAAUUGCCUUGGACGGAAAACAGUUCAAAUCAAGCAAUUUGCACCAACUUGAAGUUGACAAAUUUUACACGUUGAGGACACGUAUAUCCAACCACUCUGGCCAUGUGGUGAACGGCUUCAUUCGUCAAUUGCUCCUACCAGCGACAUCAUCACCUUCAGCGAACUUGGCCAAACUGUUGUCUAUCGAAAAGAAGAUUCUCAUCAAUGGGGUAUUGCAGCGGAAAUUCCCCGCUAUAGGACCGCUGGGCACCUUGUACAUCGAGUUGAGUUUUGUUAUUAUUGAAAAGGGCGAGUACGAAUGGGGGGCAGUAGUUGAUAUUUUGUCAGAACAAUGUAUCAACACCAAACCCUUACAUAUUAUAGCAAACUAG